AUGGCAGAUAUGCAACCCACAAUAGAAUCAUUAAGAGAAUUAAAUUCCAGGCUUGUCCUAAAAAUUGAUGAAUUAAGAAAGAAGUUUACAGAGAUUGAAGCUGAGAAUACUGAACUUAAAAGGGAGAAGACUGUAUUCUUGGCUAAAGAAGCAGGACUCGUUGCUAGAAUAGUGGAAUUAGAACAAUCUGCAAAAGAAAAUGUGGAGAAUUCAAAGUUAAGAGAUUCUAAACUUAAUGAACUCAGAUCCAGAGUUUCGAAAUUAGAACAGAAGGAAUCGCAAAAUGGUAAAGAAACAAGUAUAUCUAAAUCUUCAGUUAAUGCCAUCUCUACUAAAACGGAAAAUUCUAAUGAUGUAUCUUCAGAG